AUGUCGAGCUCGGUCGAGAAGUCGGUCAAAGGCGGCACCAAGGUCAAGCUUGCGCCGCCCAAGUCCAAAUAUGUCGAACACAUUCUCCUGGCCACGUCUGGCGGCGAGGCCGGAGUCGCCGAGAUCUUCCGCACCCUGAAAGAGCGUCUUCGCGACACGACCUGGACCAUCUGCUUCAAGGCUCUGAUCAUUGUCCAUUUGAUGAUCAAGGAGGGAGAACGCGAUGCCACCCUCAAAUACCUGGCCACCGCGCCCAAGAACCGCCUAGCCAUCAACAGCUAUACCGACGUCCAGACACAGGGUCAGAAUAUCCGCCGAUACUCCAACUACCUCAUCCAGCGUGCAGAGUCAUUCGCCGACACUCACGUCGACCACAUUCGCAAUCCAGGUCGUCUGAAGACACUAUCCAUCGCGAAGGGUCUACUACGAGAGACGGAAGCAAUUCAGGACCAGAUCAGAGUCCUGAUCAAAUGCGACCCUCUCGAGAACGAGCCCGAGAACGACAUUUCGCUAAUGGCAUUCCGCUUGCUCACCAAAGACCUGCUCGACCUGUUCACUGCCAUGAACGAGGCCGUCAUGAAUAUACUGAGCCACUACUUUGAACUCUCCAAAACAGACGCCGAGCAUGCCAUUGGAAUCUACAAAGCCUUUGCAAAGCAGACAGAUCAAGUCGUCCAGUACCUCAGCAUCGCCAGACAAUACGAACACAUCACCAAGCUCGAGAUCCCAAAGAUUAAGCACGCCCCUACCAGUCUGGCCAACUCGCUGCAAGAAUACAUCGACGACCACGACUUUGAGACGAACAGACGCCAAUACCUCGCCGAACAGCAAGCAAAGUCUGGCAAACCAGUCAAGCCCUCGAGAUCUGUCACCUUUGCCGAAGCUACACCAAAACAAGAAAAGGCCACCGCUCCAGCACCCGCCGCUUCGAAGCCUGCUAAAGGUCCAGCUCCUGAUCUUAUCGAUUUCUUUGGCUCAAUCGAAGAUCAACAACAACCCAUGGCUCAGAACCCUCCCCAGCAAUAUGCGCAGCAAACAGGGCAGCCCUUCCCUCAGAUCUAUGUUCAACCUGGAGCCGAGCCUGCUUUCCAAGCAGCUCAAUCGACAAAUCCAUUCGGUGCUCCUCAGGCCUCGCAAUACAUGGCACCGCCUACUGCUCAGCUUCAACCACAGUUCACUGGCGCUGGGUUUGGUGGUUAUGGUCCCCAGCCUCAGCAACAGCAAUCCUUCUUGCAACAAGAUGCAUUCUCCAUGCAGCAACAGCAACAAGAUCCCUUUGCCAUGCAACAGCAACAGCAACCCGCACAAGUGCAAUCACCACCGCAACAGGUCCAGCCACAAGCAACUAACCCUUUCCGCCAAUCAAUGAUGCCCACUGGUCAGAUGGACGGUUUCAUGCAACCACAGCAGACAGCUCAGCCUCAGCAGCGUCAGACCAGUAAUCCUUUUGCCAGACAGGUGCCUCAACAGGACCCUAUGCAGACAGGCUUCCAACAGCAGCAGCCACUGCAGGCGCAACCCACGGGAACGAACCCUUUCGCGAAGCAGGCUUCUCAAAUAGCCCAGCCGACCGGUCAGUCAGCAUCGUUCCUCACCCCUGCAGCUACUGGCAGUACGAAUCCAUUUAGACAGUCCAUGUUUGUGAAUCAACAGACUGGUCAAGGCUGGCAGAAUACGCCACAAGCAAGCAUGGGAGGCUGGGAGCAACUGGAUACUGUCCCUGUCUUCCCUCGACCUGGACAGUAG